AAAGGUCUUAUGUGAGAGAGAGUACGUCUUAAAGAAAGGCAAACCAUUCCUUACACCGGUUUAGAGUACGCAUGUCCCUGUUUGUGUCACACGCUUGGUUAUGGAUUUGGAGGAUUAUCGGGUGAUUAAGGCUCCACCAACUAUAAUUUAUGUACCUAACUUCAUCACAAAAGAAAAUGAAGAAUAUUUAUUAAAAAAUAUAUAUUCCGCACCAAAACCAAAAUGGACGCAGCUCUCUCAUCGGAGACUGCAAAAUUGGGGAGGUCUUCCACAUCCAAAAGGCAUGGUCAUUGAAUCUUUACCACAGUGGCUCCAACCGAGUAUAAAUGAAGUGGAAAAAUUAAAAAUUUUUGAAGACAAGAAACCUAACCAUGUCCUUGUUAAUGAAUACCAAAUUGGGCAAGGAAUAAUGCCUCACGAGGAUGGGCCACUGUUUUACCCAACUGUUGCUACCAUCAGCUUAAGUUCACCUAUUCUUUUGGAUUUCUAUCACCAUAUGAACAGUUCAACGGAAAAUAAUGCAGAAAAUAGUGAGUCUGAUACAUCUCUGCAAGAAAGACAUUUCCUAAGCCUCCUAUUGGAACCUCGCAGUUUAAUAAUCGUUAAAGAUUCUAUGUACACAAAUCAUCUUCAUGGUAUCUCAGAACGUGCAGAAGAUAUUAUCACGGACAAAAUAAGUAAUCUUGAUAAAUGCUCAGACGUUAAAGUGGGCGAUGUGCUAAGGCGAACCAGUCGAUUAUCCUUGACUAUUAGACAUGUGCCAAAAGUUAUCAAGGCUAAAUUUUUCCUGAAGUAACAGUGAAGAACCAUUACAAGUUCAAUCCUAACAGAACUCAGAUUUGGAUCCUCAAAAUGUUCAGUCAACAUUGUACAUUAAACCAUUAUUUCAAACUAAA